AUGGAACAGGAAUAUAAGUACCUUGGCUGGAAAGAUUUUGGUGUUGGGUACUUGGAGAAUAAUUGCGAUAAAGCCAGAAAAGUGCGUUUUGCUUCAUGGUUCGGAUAUACAAUUAAUGCAAAUGGUGGACGAUAUGGUUGUAUGAGUGAUACAUUUCAAAUAUAUAAGCUGGCCUGUGAGAAAGCUUUGCGUCACACCGCCAAGUCUAGUACUAUUCUUCGAGAAGCUUAUGAAGGAUUUGAUAAAAUUACAGACGUUUGGGCCCCGAUGGCCGUUCGUGGUGGCAGGCAAAGAACUCAGUAUAUUUCAACGGUCGAUGCUAUGGAAUCAAUUGUUUCUCUCAAAUUCAUAAGCUCAACCGAAAUAAACCCAGUAUCAUCAAACAAGCAAAAAAUUGAGAAACGAUUGAACGAUUUAAUACGCGAGAAAACAUCACCAUAUUCGUUGUUACUAUAUGAGUUAAGGAGCCUCUUUCAAUCAUAUGGUGUCGAUAAUAUUGAAUGGACGGAUCCUCUUAGUUUUGGUUGUAUUAUCGAUAGAGACUCUGAUAUGAUUUUUGGAAA